AUGUAGUCAUUAUUGCAAUGUUGGUGCUCACAACAAUAUUCACCGAAAUACCAUAUCUGGUCCUUAUCACGUUGCUGUCCGUGGAAACUGUUUCCUCACUAGUGCACGCAAUUCAAAAAGUAUUUCGCUGGUCGUAGAGAAAAAGGGGGUUUGUGGGAGUCCCAAGGACGUGAAAGUUGCGAUAUAAAUAAAUGUCUUCCUUCAUGUGUCGAUUAUAAACUACAUUCAUUUUCUGUGCCAUAUUAAGGACUCCUAAUUUAUUGUGCAACCUCUGAGCGCGUUCGUUUAGUUUGGCAUAAACUGAAUCUCCCGACGAAAUGACUAAAUCUGUCUUCAAUGGUUCACUGAGCACCCCCUUCCCCCAACAGCCCAUCUAUCUCUAGCUGCAAGCAGCUCCUUCCAAAAGCGUCUUACUUUCCAGAUGAAUAUCACUAAUUUACAUUUUGUUUCUCAACCGUAACAAUUUAUUGCAACUCGAGGACAUCGAAUGGGAAGAGCAUUUCCAGUCUUGACAUCAACCUAUAAUUCAAAGGUCGGUUGGCGUUAUACUGUUAAUACUCUUUAAGGUCGAUCCGCAUUUUUAAACAAAAAAGGUACAAAUUAAGAUGACAAAAAACUGCUGAGGAUUUAGUUGUAAGUAUUACAGACACAAUCGAUGCAAAGUAGCAUGGUGAAAAAACAAAAACAAUUAAAGUAUUUAUCGGAUAAACAAUCCAAGGGACAACUGACACAUGCAAACACAGAUAUUCGUUUGCUUUCCAGUUUAGACAAAUAAAUGGUUCCCUUUUGCACAGGGCAAUUUAUGCCGAGCAGUAUUUAAAUUAAAUAAAUGUUCUCAAGAAACAGGAGGAAGUGACAGGGGAAAUAAUACCCGAUAAUCUCGCCAGCUGGCCUGCCUUAAAUUUGCAGUUUGUCGAGCGUGGACCUUGUCCCUCAUGUCCCACCCUGGGCGGUGCCUCUCCAUCUCCGGGUUCGCACUCACUGGCUGCUUCAAUCCUGCUGCCACCAGCGCGUGUGAAGGCCAGCCUUAGGAUUUGAACCAUGACUGACAGGUACCACAAGGCAGCCAGGGAUGGCUACCUAGGUCCCUUAAAGGAGGCCACAAAGAGGGACCUGAACAAUCCGGAUGAGGAUGGGAUGACCCCGACACUUUGGGCGGCAUAUCACGGCCAUCUGGAGGCCCUGCAGCUCAUCUGUAGCAGAGGUGGUGAUCCCGAUAUAUGUGACAUCUGGGGCAAUACACCCUUGCACCAUGCUUCAACCAAUGGCCACCUUCACAUUGUCACUUUCUUGGUUAACUUUGGUGCAAAUAUUUGGGCUUUGGACAAUGACUUCCAUUCUGCCAUGGAUGCCGCUGCCAGUAAGGAUCGAAUGGAAUGUGUCCGCUUCCUGGACACAGCUGCCACCAAGCAAACCGUCAUGAAUCCGAAACAAGUUGCCAGGUUAAAAGAAAAGGCAUUAAAGGAUAGCGAGAAACAAAUCAAACUGUGUGAAAGACGCAAGAAAAAGCACCAAAAUCGGAUGAACAAGAAAUACAGCCGGGAGAUGGAAAGUCAAAACGAAGGUGCUGCUUCAGUACAGAGUGGAACUAUAUCCAGUGUCAGUGACCUCUCUAAAGUAAGUGACUCACAACACAAAGGUAGCAUUUCUUCCAUUAUCAAAGGAUCUCUGCAGAAGAGACUUAAGAAGAAGGAUAACAGCAAAAGCUUUACUCAGCAGCAAUUAGAAAAGGAUGUCAUUUUUGUAAGGCAAGAACGAGACAGUGGGAAUCGGGCCAAUGUACUGGAUGUGUUUAAUGAACGAGAUGAAGAGAAUGCAGCCUUUUCUGAGAUGAAAUCCUCUGACUAUGAUAAUAACUUUGGUCAUGAGUCUCUCUUUAAUCGCCCCGGACUGGGAAACAUGCUGUUCAGAAGGAAUUUUGUCCUGGGUUUGAAUGUGGAAGAGGAAAUGUUCAGCAGUAAUGAGGUGGAAGACAUUGGUUCCAAAUUGCGUAGUCUAGUGUUGAAGCCCAAGGAAGUGUUUCCAGAUCUUGAAACAUUCAGUAAAGAAGAGGAAGAUGAUUUGCCCUGGGAUGAAGAUGAUAUCGGUUUGGAUGAUGAUGAGCCUGAGACAACACCACUUGAAACCUUCAUGGCAUCUCAGAAUUUGACGGAGUUCAUUCCUUUCCUAGCAAGAGAGCAAGUUGGCCUGGACUCCCUCAUGCUGUGCACCGACGGAGAUCUGAAAAGUAUCAAUCUGCCACUCGGACCACGGAAAAAGAUUAUUUCUGCCGUAGAAAGAAGAAAGUUAGUUUUGGAAACACCAAACAACCUAGUGGAUACUGUAUUGUAAGCAAGUUUGAACACCAUCAAGAAGAUUUGGAGUCCGAGCAAUCUCCAGUGUUUAAUCCAGGACCAUCAUCAUUCUCUGGUGGCAG